AUGACAGUUUUCACAGCCUCCACGACGGCUCCAGUCAACAUUGCUACGCUCAAGUAUUGGGGCAAAAGAGACAAAACGCUCAACUUGCCAACCAACUCGUCCAUUUCGGUGACGUUGGCGCAGGAAGACUUGAGAACCUUGACCUCUGUUGCUACCAGUGAAGAAUUCUCCAAAGACAACUUGUGGCUCAAUGGAGUUGAAGAAGGCAUCAAGGGCGAGAGAACCAUUGCAUGUUUGAAGGAUUUGAGAAGAUUGAGAAAAGAGUUGGAAGAACAAGACUCCUCGUUGCCCAAGUUGUCUGAAUGGGGCUUACACAUUGUUUCGGAAAACAACUUCCCCACCGCUGCUGGCUUGGCUUCGUCAGCCGCCGGCUUUGCUGCUUUGGUGGUGGCUAUUGCCAAAUUGUACAAGCUUCCUCAGCUGAUGUCGGAGAUUUCCAAAAUCGCUCGUAAGGGUUCGGGAUCGGCUUGUAGAUCUUUGUUCGGCGGCUACGUCGCGUGGGAAAUGGGCGACUUGGAAAACGGCGAGGAUUCCAAGGCUGUCGAAGUCGCUCCAUUGGAACAUUGGCCAACUAUGAAAGCAGCCAUUUUGGUUGUGUCUGAUGACAAGAAGGAUACGCCCUCUACUACAGGAAUGCAAUCUACCGUUGCCACUUCCGAUUUGUUCCAGUGGCGUAUCAAAGAAGUUGUGCCCAAGCGGUUUGAACAAAUGAAAAAGUCAAUUGCCGAGCGUGAUUUCCAGACUUUUGGUGAGUUGACCAUGAAGGACUCCAACUCAUUCCACGCUGUGUGCUUGGACUCGUAUCCUCCGAUUUUUUACUUGAACGAUACCUCAAAGAAAAUCAUCAAGUUGAUCCACAAAUUGAACGAGCAAGAGGGAAAGAUUAUUGCUGCUUACACUUUUGACGCUGGUCCAAAUGCUGUCAUUUACUAUGAAGAGGAAAACGUGACCAAGGUGUUGGGUUUGAUCCACAAAUAUUUCCACCAAGUCCCUGGUUGGGAGAAAAUUGCUGACAAGGUCAAUGGGUUUGAGGAUUCCACGAUUGAGUUCGACACCGACGCAUACAAGGGUGUCAGCAGAAUCAUCUUGACGAAAAUCGGAAGUGGUCCUCAGGAAACGACACAGUCCUUGGUCAAUGAGAAGGGUUUGCCAAAGUAG